CUCUCCCCUUGCAAAGUGUUCUUCGUGUUUGUGUUCUUAAUGUUCCUUGUUUUCACUGCCUUGUGCACCAAGACGCGAAUACCCUUGUGAGUUUCUGCUCGCCAUCGGCAGAACUACAAAAACUAAUUUAUGAAGGCGGAAAAACUGCUUAACUGUGGUCUGCUGCGUAACUGCGAUCCGCCGCGGAGGCCUGCUCAAUCACCGACCCCCACUCCUGCAACCAGCCCGCAGUGGAAGCGCCAGAGACGGAAUCUAAGGAAGCAGAAGAGGGGGAAGCAUGGAGGUAUCCAGGCUAGGCUAGCAGCUAGCCCUCAUCGACCAGCUAUCCCGACCAUCACGCUGGCCAACGUACGCUCGCUGGACAACAAACUGGACUAUAUCCACUUACUUCGAACAUCUCGCAAAACCGUGAGUGACUGCUGCGUCCUUGUUUUCGUGUAGACAUUGCUCAACGACAGUGUCCCAGACCGGGCUAUUCGGCUAGCUGGGCUAACGUACGACCGAGCAGACAGAGAGCUCGUUGAGGAGGGGAAGACUCGCGGCGGGGGACUCUGUGUUUACAUCAACGAUGCCUGGUGCCAAGACGCUGUUGUGGUUUGCAAGCGCUGCUCACCUACGGUGGAGUUUAUGAUUAUCAAAUGCCGGCCAUUCUACCUGCCGAGGGAAUUUUGUGCCAUAUUGAUGGUAGCGAUAUACAUUCCCCCUGGCUCAACCAACAGCAGGAGUAUGGCCCUGUCUGAACUCCAUCAGCGAACAGCAGACAGCCCACUCCGACACCUUUCUCAUCUUGGCUGGAGAUUUCAAUCAUGCAAACCCCAAGAGUGUGCUUCCACAACUCCAUGGCCACAUCAACUUCCCAACAAGAGGUCCAAAUAUUCUGGAUACCAUCUACACUACAAUCAGAUGAUCCUACAAAGCCCUACCCCUCCCCCACCUUGGUGCCUCAGAUCACACCACUGUGAUCUGGUGGCUCGUAUGCUAUAUCCAGCAUACGGGCCACUGAUGAAAGUCGUCAAACCAGUGUGGAAGCAAGUACGAGUGUGGCCUGAGGCGUUCACAGAAGCACACCAAGACAGUUUCUCCAGCACAGACCUUUAGUGAGGUUUAAACAUGCAACCAUUAACCUCAAAAAGUACGCGAAACCGUCACGUCCUACAUAAGGAAGUGCAUGGAUGAUGUCACGGUCACCAGAACCAUCACCAUCCGGGCCAAUCAGAAGCCAUGGCUGAGAGGUGAGUUCCACAUGCUCCUGAGGGCCAGGAACACUGCCCACUCAGAGCUGGAGACGUGGUGGGCCUCAGGACUGCCAGGGCCAACAUGUCACGAGGCAUCAGACUGGCCAAGAGACGAUAUUCAAGAGGAUUGCAGACCAGUUCAAGGACAGCUGAGACACCAGGAACCGGUGGUGGGGGAAUCCAGACUAUCACAGACUACACACCCUCUCUGCACACCUGCAACAGCUCCUAUCACAGACUACACGCCCUCUCUGCACACCUGCAACAGCUCCAUCAGUCUUCUGAACAACCUGAAUGAUUUCUUCGCCCGUUUUGAGAGGGACAACACCACCCCAGCACAGAUGACCCCAAACCCUCCUGGCGACCAGGUGCUGACGCUUUCCCUUGAUAGUGUGAGGCGACCCCUCAGGAGAACAAACGUACGAAAAGCGGCAGGUCCUGACAACAUUCCUGGUCGCGUCCUGAGAGACUGUGCUGAGGAGCUCACAGAUGUUUUCACGGUCAUCUUUAACACCUCACUGAGCCAGGCUGUUGUCCCCACUUGUCUCAAAGCCACCAUCAUCAUCCCGGUCCCGAAGAAGUCAUCCCCCUCCAGCUACAAUGACUACCGCCCGGUCGCACUCACCCCCAUCCUCAUGAAGCACUUUAAGCGGUUAGUCAUGCAGCACAUAAAGUCUGCCCCACCACCCUGGGCCCCUACAUGUUUGCAUAUCGGCAGGGCAGAUCAACUGCCGACCCCAUCUCCACCGCCCACCACUCAGCCCUCACCCACCUGGAGACCAAGAACUCACACGUCAGAAUGCUGUUCAUCGACUUCAGCUCAGCAUUCAACACCAUCAUCCCGUAGCAGCUCAUCCACAAACUGGACCACCUGGGGCUCAACACAGGCAGUUCGGGUUGGCAGCAACACCUCCGGCACCAUCAUGAUGAACAAACGUGCCCCACACGGAUAUGUGCUGAGCCCCCUCCUCUUCACACUGCUGACCCACGACUGCAGUCCUUCGUCCAGCUCCAAUCUCUUCGUUAAGUUUGCGAAUGACAUGACUGUAGUGGGUCUCAUCAGCAAUGACGAUGAGACAAUCUACAGGAGUGAGGUGACCAGGCUGGCCUGUGGUGUAAAGACAACAAUCUCCACCUGAAUGUGGAGAAGACAAAGGAGAUUGUUGUGGACUUCAGAAAGACGCACUCCCAGCAUGCCUCACUGACCAUUAACGGUGCCACAGUGGAGAGAGUGAGCAACACCAAGUUCCUGGGAGUGCACAUCUCUGAAGACCUGUCCGGGAGCCACAAUACCUCAUCACUGGCUAAAAAAGCCAAUCAGCGCCUGUACAUCCUCCGCAAACUGAGGAGAGCAAGAGCCCCACCACCCACCAUGCAGAUAUUUUAUAUAGGUGCCAUUGAGAGCAUCCUGUACAGGUGCAUCACUGUGUGGUAUGGUGCUUGCACUGUGUCCUGCCAAAAGACUGACGUGAGAGCAGCUGAGAAGAUCAAUGGUGUCUCUCUCCUCCCACUCAUGGACAGUUACUACCCCUGUCUGACCCGCCAAGCCAUACGGAUCGCAGGUGACCCCACCCACCCAUCUCACAGCCUCUUCGGCCUGCUGCCGUCGGGAAGGAGAUUGCGGAGUCUCCGUGCCAGAACCAGCAGGCUCAAAAACAGUUUCUUCCACCAGGCGGUCAGGAGACUCAACUCCCUCCUGCUCUGCCCGCACUCCCCGCCCGCUGCCUCUGCCCGACCCCUGCCUCCUGUCACAGACUAUGACCCUCCCCUCAUCAUUCGACAACUACGUAUUGCACAAUGCACUACCUCACUUUACCCACAAUAGCCACAAGUGCCAUUGUUUAUGUUGUUGAUAUUGUUUAUAAUGUCAAUACUGUUUAUACUGUUCACAUUACAUUAGCUGCUAUCUUGUCUUAGCUUUGUGUGCUUUAUGUAUUCAGCAUGUAAUACAUAAAGCAUAUUUGACAAUAAAGAUGACCUUGACCUUGAUUAGAAUCAAAUGGGGUUCGAGUUAAACAAAAUAAAAUAAACAACAGAAGAAUGACCCUUUCCAUGGCAAUUGGAGUAAAAUAUGUAAUUGUUAUUUUGAAAAAUGCAUGCCAUAAGACGUCUAUUUACAAAGAUGCAUUCAUCCACCAUUCAUUUUGUUAUGCUAUUCCGGGAUGGGGUGGCAGAUGCAGCAGCUUUAGCAGGGAAGCCCAGGCUUCCCUCUCCCCAGCUUCUUCUUCCAGCACUUCCAGCUCUUUAGGCCACUCACAUCUGUGAUCUUUUUCUUUCAGUCAUGACCCGCUGCUUUUGACACUAGGCUGGGCGUUGCACCUGUUUCACCUGCCAGUCCUCACCUCAUCAGCGACACUCUCCUCUGCAGCAUAAAGGCCAGUCCAAAGAGCCACCCAGUUCUUCAGCUACCUUUCCUGCCAUACGCUCUGCUGCCCAGCUGUUGUGCCCAGCCCUCCAGUACACCUUGGUUUGGUUUCUCUGACUGCCUUCGGUUCCUGCCUCCUUGACCUGACCCUCUACCCUGACAGGAAACCAAUACUGAGUUCAUUGUGUCUUACUGGGGAUCCCGUGCUUGUCUUAAGCUGAGCUUAACCGUGAGGGUAUGAAUGUAGAUCGAGUGGUAAUGUGAGAGUUUCACCUUUUGGCUCAAUGCUCACUGCAACAGACCAACACAGGGUCCACAUGGGUGGAGACACUACGCCCAUCUGUUUAGUGACCCCCAACUCCAUUGCCCCCUCUCACUCGUGAACAAGACCCCAAUCAUCUCCUCCAUUAGGCGAAGGACUUUGAAUUGGAGUGGACAAUCCCAUUGCCAGCUGACGACCAUACUCUCAUAUUAAGAGGUGCUGAUUCUCAUCCCACCCACUCCCAAACAUAAUUGGGGGCUUAUCCGGGAUUAUGUUAUGACACUUCCACAUGAUGGCAAUAGAGGAAGGGUCUAACAAAAAUGUGGGAGUUGGAGAGGAAUAAAAAGUGGUGCACUGUCAAGGUCUGGACUUUCUCAAAACAAAGGGGUGGGGGGCGUAGAACAAUUUAACAGGGGCACACGACACUACACGACAUAGUUGGAGUCAACAUUCCUGAAUGCCACUCCCUUAGUACAUCAAUGAAGUGAACAAAAUGAACCAAAGAUAGUUAUGGUGAAUUUUCUAAAACAUGAAUUGAGUGACUGAAAGAGAAGAUGCAAACUCCACACAGGAGGACCGGAGCCCUGAAUCGAAUCCAUGACCUCUGAAUUGUGAGGCAGACUUGCUAACCAGGGAACCACUGCACCACUACUUGAUGAGAAUAUUCAUCAAUAUUUACCGGUAGUAAAGUUUACCAUUUCAACCAUUUCCUCUUGGGCAUCUUCAUUUGAGGGACCUUCACACUCCUAAAACUUGUCGUAGUUAAUAUUUCUCUUAUUCUUAGUUAGCUGAUAUAAGCUCACAAACGCACAACCAUGCACUGUAUGUAUUAUUGUGUUGCAUGCUAAAAUGCUCGCUGGUCAAGUAAAGUUGCACAAAGGCUGUUAAAGCCUUUUUGUAUUUAAUGGCUUAUGUUUUGGACACAAGAAAUGCAAAAUUUAAGUUUUAAUGUGUAUUUGUUUGAUGAUGCCUCAAGACAAUAAAAUACAGUUUGCUGUUUAUGCACAGAUAGGCUUUAAGAAAUAAAAUCUGUUUAUUGUAUGAAAAAGGAAACCAAAUUAUUUUUCACAUAUUUUGUACCUUAUAAAAAUAUUGAACCAUGUUCACAAUGUAUUAUGUACCAUGAAUGAAAUAGUCCUUCCAUUUUUCGAUCCGCUCUAUCCUCACAAGGGUCGUGGGGGGUGCUGGAGCCUAUCCCAGCCAUCUUUGGGCAGUAGGCGGGGGACACCCUGAACCCGUUGCCAGCCAAUCGUUGGGCACACACAGACGAACAGUCAUCCACGUUCACACUCACACCUAGGGAGGAUUAAAGUGUUCCAUUAGCCUGCCAUGCAUGUUUUUUUUUGGAAUGUGAGAGUAAAUCAGAGUACCAGGAGAAAACCCAUGAAGGCACUGGAGAAUGUGCAUACUCCACAGAGGAAGGCCAGAGCCACAAUUGAACCCUGCACCUCCGCACUGUGAGGCCGACGUGCUAACCACCGGACCACCAAGCCGCCUAAAUGAAAUAUGCAAGUGCAAAAGUAAUUUCGGGAAUGUCGCGGCAAGCUCACUGCCAGCGUUCAUUUAAUUCUGAAUUCUUAUUCGUUUUUUCCACCCCUCAAAGUCAGCAGGGUCUGAAGACCUCCAGCUACCUAAAGCUACCAUCCCCGAUGGAUGGGGUCAUGAUCGGCCGGACCGGGGGAAACGACAAACCUCUGCUCUGCUGCUGGAGACCUCAUGUAAGAGUACCAGGUCAGAGACCUGGUAAACAACCGCUGCGUGUGCUCACUUGUGAGAUCUUUUACCUUUCAUCAUCAAAAAAGGCAUCCAUUAGUACUUCUAAAAUUGUUAAUAUGGUUCAGCAUUGUUGUCAAACACUAUUAUGCUUAUUUGUAUAUACUGUAAUUUUAUGACUUUGGUCACAACUGGCUUGUUGAAAACCAGAAAAUGGGAAUGCACAGCAAGUUUCCUUGCUGCAUCGUUGUUGGCCAAUCAAAUAUCACUGACGACAUUGCUCCAAUCGGCCCAAGACAGCUGGCGCUUCAGAACAGCCCCCGAGAUCAUUCUAAAAUGUGGUUCCAUUGGAACCGCGAGGCCCCAAAACAGUCAAAUGGAAAAGUGAACAUCCAGGGCUAAGAUUGCCGUCUCGGUGUCAAGCAAGACUAAUGGAAAAGUGGAGGCCUCGGGCAUGAUGCAGGACAUGCUGGAAAAACUAUUUGUCCUAGUUGGCUUGGUAAGGACUUCAGGUCCCCCCAGAAGAGCAGAUUAUGGAGAGGGAAGUCUGGAUUUCCCUGCUGGCCUGGUGAAAAUUUAAAUUAAAGAUUGACACUCACUGUCCUGUGAUUAAUAUUGUAAGUAAUGAUUAAAUGAUUGUAAUAAUCAGAUUUAAAUUCUAAAUUAGUUUUGAUUGUAUGUUAUCGCUUCAAAGUUCAGUCCAAUACAUUGCAUUAGUGAUCUGCCACUUUAAAAAUAACGGACACUAUCAUACCAAUGCGUAAACCCACUCAAGGCCGUGUCUAUGCAUGUACAGUAUAUGUCUAUGCUAAAAGCAUCACAGUCAUAGGUGUUAAUAUACUUUUUAGUUUCAAUCUCUGUAUUGUUUUAUCAAUCAAGGGCGUAACUGACGAAGAUGAGUUUGUGUACAUGUUUGUUAUGAGCUAAGCUGUGAAGUUAAAGUAGUUUACCUGAGUUUGACAGUCACUCUUGAGUGACUGUCUAUGAGUUUAUGUCGCCAUUGUAUUUUACUCGAUUUUAUUGAAAAAGAAAAUCCUCAAAUCCGAAUGAACUAUAUUGGAAUCUCCCAUACUUGGUUCAUGAGGUGGCCUCAGCACUCUGCAUCAUAUCAUAUUGGUGGUUGAGGCAACUAGAUUUGCACCCUGCACUGUACUAUAUUUCUUUCAAAAACUAAAGUCGCAUGCUCUUGAAAAUUGCUUAUGUUAGAAUUAAUAGUAACUGAUUAGGCAUUGCUUUACAUCUGAUGUUGCCGUUUCCAUCUUCAGAAUAGUAGUAACAAGUAGUUUUUAAUGUAAUUUUAGAAUAUUAAAGGUGUAUUUUCUGCCAAAUUUGUGGUGCCUCAUUGAAUACGUAGCACCUUUAGCAUUCCCCCUAUGGGAAAACUGGCUAAAACCUAAACAUUUUCAAAAUUAUAUUGGACAAGAAAAAAUACGCUUCUGGGCCUAUUGUCUAUGAAACAUCUCAGUGACUA